GUUAGAAAGCUGCAGAUAACAUAGCAUAGUUGUUAUCGACACACAACACAAGGAUAUUAGAUAUACUCUAAAAAGAAAUCGUUGUGUUGUCAGCCGUCGCCAAGUAACAGUUGCUUGCUUGCUUGAACAUCUAUCUCUCUUUGCCACAAAAAAAAAACCCCUCCAUUAUAGCCAACGCCGUUAAGCUUAAGCAAUGUCCAUUUUCCAAAUCCACCCUUCCCUUAAAUCCUAAUCUAUCCACUCUUAUUAAUCCAAAAACCACAUAGCGUGUGAAGGAAUUAACGUUGUUUCGAAAGAACACAAAAUCAAAUCAUGGAGUCUUCGAUUCUUCCUGCAAUUAUCCGAUUACGAGCUUCUGCAAAUUCGUUUUUGUCACAGUUCGAACCUCUGCUCCUCGUUGUUGCUCCUCUCAUAACUUUCCUCGUCGCCCAGAUUGUUCAAUCGUUUAUUCAAGUAGUUCAUGAGAAGGGAUUCAAAGCGACGCUUAUUGGUUUUAUCAUGACAUGGGUCAAGUUGGUGCCUGGUGUGAAGAGCUAUAUUGAUGCCGAGAAACAAAAGGUUGUUGAUAAAUUACAAUCUUCUGGCAAAUCUUCAAGGGAUGGUUGGAGGACAGAGCUUCCAAGUUCAGGAUUAGGAAAUAGGGUUUUAGAGCAAAUGAAAAAUGAGAAAGAAAAGGAUGCAGCUUGGCAAGGAAAAUGUUCUGGUACAGUGUAUAUUGGAGGAAAUGAAUCUGAAGGCCACUUUUCGUUGAUAAACGAGGCAUGUUCAAUGUUUGCACAUACGAACCCGUUACAUCUAGAUGUAUUCAAGAGUGUUGUGAGAUUUGAGGCAGAAGUGGUGGCCAUGACGGCUGCUCUUCUUGGAAGUAAAGAGAAAGCAUCAGGAGGCCAAAUAUGUGGCAACAUGACUUCAGGAGGAACAGAGAGUAUACUGUUAGCUGUCAAAUCAUCACGUGACUACAUGAAGGCCAGCAAGAGUAUCACAUGUCCAGAGAUGAUAAUCCCUGAAUCGGCACACUCGGCUUAUGACAAAGCUGCUCAGUAUUUCAAAAUUAAGUUGUGGCGUGUUCCUGUGAAUAAGGAAUUUCAAGCAGAUGUAAAAGCUAUCAAGAAAUACAUAAACAAAAACACCAUAUUGAUUGUUGGGUCAGCACCUGGUUUUCCUCAUGGAAUCAUCGACCCAAUCGAGGAGCUUGGUGAAUUGGCAUUGAGUUACAGGAUCUGUCUGCAUGUAGACCUUUGUCUUGGUGGUUUUGUGCUGCCUUUUGCACGUAAACUUGGGUAUCCAAUUCCACCAUUUGAUUUUUCUGUCCAAGGAGUAACUUCUAUAUCAGCAGAUGUGCAUAAAUAUGGAUUGGCACCCAAAGGAACAAGUAUAGUUUUAUACAGAAACCAUGAAAUCCGCAAGCACCAAUUUGUUGCUGUUACGGAAUGGUCUGGUGGUCUGUAUGUAUCUCCGACAAUUGCUGGUAGCAGACCUGGAAGUUUAAUUGCUGGGGCUUGGGCAGCUAUGCUUUCUUUAGGGCAAGAAGGUUACCUGGAGCACACAAGAGAGAUAAUGGAAGCAUCAAAGAGGCUACAAAAUGGAGUAAAACAGAUCCCUGAGUUAUUUGUGAUUGGAAGGCCAGAUAUGACAAUUGUGGCUUUUGGGUCUAAUGUGAUAGACAUAUUUGAAGUGAACGACUUACUUUCCUCAAAAGGCUGGCAUCUAAAUCCCUUGCAGAGACCCAACAGCAUUCAUAUCUGUGUGACCCUUCAACAUGUUCCUAUUGUUGACGACUUCCUGAAAGAUUUAAAGGAUUCAGUGCAGAUUGUAAAACAAAAUCCGGGGCCUAUUAGUGGAGGGCUUGCACCAAUAUAUGGAGCAGCCGGGAAGAUCCCAGAUAGAGGUAUGGUUAAUGAGUUAUUGGUUGACUACAUGGACAAUGCAUGUUGAUAUGAAGACUUUUGGGUAUUUGGACUCCCAUGCAUGUAUUUUGGUUUGGUUGUUUGCCAAUUGCCAUCAUUCUUUGUAAAAGCUUUCCAAGGAAAGGAAAUUAUAUGUGUGUUUGAUGAUAUAUAAACUGUUAUAUACAAACAAGUAGAACAUUAGCACAUGAAGAAUCAUCUUUAUUUUAUCCAAUCCUGCAUGUUUAUGCAAGAGGAUUAUUAUUCCAGCAA